AUGGAUUCGAAUGAUUCAAGUAAACGUGGUUUUAGUCUAUUCGGAAAUUAUAGUUCGAAUGAAUCGAUGGCUAAUGUGCCUGUUCAUUCAACGCCUGGAAUGAAUUCCUUGUCGCCCUAUUUGAAUUUUGAUCCGCGAGUUUUAAAUCCAGGUGGUUCGCAGUUUAUCCUGCCAGAAGGACAAAAAGAAAAACGUGGUCGACUUGAACUAAUGUUCUUUACAAUUGGUGGUUCUGUGAUUGCAGGCAGUAUGAUUGGUAGUGUAACAGGACUUUAUCGAGGUAUUACUGAAACACGCGAUUUAAUUGGAUCAGUACGAACUUCAUCGAUUAUUAAUUAUGUUGCACGUCAAGGUGCUACAACUUCUUCUGCUAUGGGUUCAAUAGCUCUUAUUUACAGUUUAAUCGGUACAGGUGUUAGCUGGGUACGUGGUGUGGACGAUGAAUUGAAUACCGUUGCAAGUGGAGGCCUUACUGGCUUACUUUAUCGAUCAACAGCUGGUUUGAAAGGUGCUCUACGAGGAAGUUUAUAUGGCGUAGCAGCCUCAUCUGUAUACGUCAUGCUUACAUCUAAAGAACGUCUUCAAACGUACAUGUAA